AUGGAAGAAAAUACUUUCUUUUAUUUGUAUUUGUUAGCGGAUGCCCUGGAUGCUUGUACUGGAAAAUACUGUGGUAGAACUGUAUUAGAAAACGGCCAGUUAACGGCAUGUGGACCUUGCCUUUGCGGAUUCCGACCCAAUGCCUCGGGUAUUUGCCAACCUUGUGCUCUUCCCUUAAUCGUCUAUGACUGGCUCUUCUUACUAUUUAUGAGUUCCUUUUCCUUGGUGUUGCACUUUUUUUUUAUCGAUCAUUACGUUCGUACUGAUAGCAAACGGCUCACAAUAUGGCAUGGAUCUGCGAUCUUUGAAGCGAUCGUAUCUGCAAUAAUAUCCAUUCUAACAUCUCGACCUAUAGGCGAGUUUUACACUGCUAAUGUAAUUAAAGGAUGA